AUGGUGGAGGAUAUGAAAGGUAAGAUCAGAGUGUUCUGUCGAAUAAGACCGCUGACUCGCGCAGAGCAAGCAAGAAGAGGUCACAUCAUAGUUGCUUGUCUUGAUGAUUACUCUGUGAUCCUGGAGACUCCUCGAGGACCUCGCGAGUUUCAGUUUGACAAAAUCUUUCACUCAGAAUGUACACAGGAGGAGAUCUUCCUGGAAUCCAGUGGGCUAAUCCAGUGUGCAAUUGAUGGCUUUAACAUAUGCAUCUUUGCGUAUGGCCAUACGGGUUCAGGGAAAACCUUCACAAUGGUUGGAGAUAGAGAUCAGAGGAACCCAGGAAUCAUACCGAGAACCUUCACCAAGAUCUUUGACAUAAUCCAGGAGAAUGAGUCUAAAUUUGAGUUUAAGGUUUCUGCCUACAUGUUGGAGCUAUACAACGACCGAUUACAGGAUCUCUUUGUAAGCCCCACUGAAGCAUUCUGCAAGCGAAUUGAAAUUAAGAGGGACAAAAAGGGGCUUGUGUUUGCCCAAGGAGCAGAGAUAAAGACGGCAGCCAGCGCCGGCGAACUCUUUGCAUUAUUCGAGCAGGGCUGUGCAAACCGUCACAUUGCAGCCACAAAGAUGAAUGUAGAGAGUUCACGCUCUCACCUGAUCAUUGGCAUCAUGAUUGAGAGCCAGAAUCUGACCAAUGGGAGUGUGAGUUUCGGAAAGCUCAGUCUGGUGGACCUGGCAGGAAGUGAGCGAGCAGCAAAAUCAGGAGCCAAAGACGACCAGCUGAAGGAGGCAAACUCUAUUAACAAAUCCUUGAGUGCUUUAGGAGAUGUGAUUUCAGCAUUGUCAAUGGAGCAGCCUCAUGUGCCCUACCGUAACAACAAGCUGACCCAGCUCAUGCAGGACUCACUGGGGGGCAAUGCCAAGACCCUCAUGUUCCUAAACAUCUCACCAUCUGAUUACAACCUGGAUGAAACUCUCACCUCGCUUAUCUAUGCGACUCGAGUGAAAGCCAUCACCAACAAUGCACUGAGGAAUGUGGACAACAAGGAAAUUGCUCAGCUGAAAGAGGUGAUAUUAAAACUUAAGUCAGGCCAGCCAGUGGAAGAAGAAGUCUGAGCUUCCAUCACAUGGGGAUAUGGUUUUGAUAUCAAUAAGGCCAUAUUCUUAUAUUAGCAUGUUUGGUCAAUUUAAAGCUGCAAUGAUUAAUUUCUGCACCUCUGAAUGGAAUUGCAAAAAUAAACGUUUGUUUUCAAACAGCCUUCUAAAUAUGCCCCUCAACUGCUGUUGGCAAAACAAACAGAUUCCAAACGAAAUAAAGCAGGCGAAUGAGAGCGAGGGAACCCUGCUGAUAGACACUGUCACGCAAUCAGAUCUCAUUUCAAUUGACAUGAAAGACCCGUGUUGUGAUGCUUUUUAGGACAAUGUGGAGGUCCCUAAAUUUAGAGCCCUUUUUAUGUCCUGUAUGUGAGAAAUAAACCAAUUUGAGUACACAGGGGCAAGAAAAUAUCAAAAAGCACCAUAAGAGGGAGGUCUCAUGGGCGCCAUGCGAGGGUCGGACGAGUGAACGCGAACUCUGCAAACUUUGCUAGUUUUUAUAAUAUUUGUGUCAAUACACCCUGAUCCUUAAUUGUUUUGGGAAGACAAUAUUUAAAAGAAUUUAAAUUCCCUGGGCUCUGGAGAUUUUAAAAGACACUUACGUGCUCUGGCUGAUUCCCCUCAGCAGCAGGCCAGAAGACCCGCACUUAAUUCGGAUGGUGAACUGAAAGAAAUCCGGCGUGAAUUGAUGAAUAUUUUGGCAAUGCUGACAAAGCUCUUUGGAGACUUGGAGGAUCUUGCUGUAUUAAGUCGAUCAAUCACUUCCAUGGAAACAAAAUUCACUGAGUUGGUUACAAGAUUUACGGAUGUUGAGAGGCGGAUCGAUUAUCUGGAGUCAUCGAAGUGGGAAAUAGCUGCCAAUCCGCUAGUGACCAAGGUGGAUUUGGAACGCAUCUGGGAAAAACUGGAUUUGGAGAAUCGUAAUCGACGAAACAAUGUCUGAAUUGUUGGAAUUCUUGAGCAUGAGGACAUAAAAGGCUAUUAGCUGGAAAUCAAGCAAGCUCACAGAGUUCCGGCUUGGAGGACUGCUGAGGGAGACAGACCACGAUCAAUUCUGGCCAAAUUUCUGAGAUCAUCCGAUAAAGAUCUUUUGUAAUAUUAGGCGAGGCGUAAAGGAAGAACCCCAGCAUUUUGUUGUUCCCAGACCUUGCGAAUUCGACAAGAGAGAAACGUGAUCGGUUCAAGGAAUGCAAGAAACUCUUACAUCAAUGGAAGGUCUCUUUUGCUCUGAUGUGUCUGGCCUAACUGAGAAUAGAUACUAAGGAUAGCUGCAAAAUAUUUACAUGCCCACAGCAAGCGAUGUCCUUCAUAAAGACAAUCGUGUGAUUAAGCCAUUUGGUGAUUUUCAUGUUGCUGCCUAGUGGGCCUGACUCAUUGAACAUCCACUUGACUCUCCAAGGAAACUAGGCGCUUUUUUCAUUUCUUUUUGUGUUCCGCCUAGCAGCUGGAGUUUGUUUUGUGGAAUAACACUCCCUCUGGGAGUUGUGAAAGAAUCUGCACAUACUUGGAGUUUGUUUUCUGGAAUAUUUCUUGCAGGACAUUGGAGUGAUUAGGGCAUUUGUUGCACUCAUGUAAUGACUGAAUAGGCUGGCUCACUGAACAUUUGUUUGACCACCCGAGGAACUGCCUUUGUGUGUGUGUGUGUGUGUGUGUGUGUGUGUGUGUGUGUGCUGUUUCAGCUAGUGGCUGGAGUUUGUUUUGUGGAGGAACACACCUUCGUGGCACUCUACACUUUUUUGUUUUAUAAUUAUUGUAAUUCUGUUUCACAAAAUUUGUAUAGAAGCACCGGACCGGACCCAGUUGUUACAGGGGCUCUCGUAGGCGUACAUGGACUGUUUGAGUUUAGAGGGAUUGACGCCGGUUGCUGCUGUCAUGCAUGGGGUUAAUGUGCACGUUUUUCUUUUUUCUGUUUGUUUGGUUCGGGGGGGAAGUUUGGGAUUUGAUUGUUGCUCUAAUUUUGGAAUGUGGUCAUUAUAAUUGUAUAAAUAUUUUUGUUAUACAAUAAAACAAAUUCUAAUAUGCCAAAAUGUCAAAUGUUAAUAUGAGUGGAUUGUCUCUCUCCACGUGGACUGUGAAUGGGUUGGGGCACCCCAUAAAAACAAGGAAGGUUAUUUAUUUUAUUUUUCUUAAACGUAAGAAAUAUGAUAGAGCGUUUCUUCAAGAAAUGCAUCUUUCCUUUC